GCGAUCUUUUACGCGGUUUUUGAGCUAACCCUAAAAAUGCGGUGCUGGUUCUAAUGUAAAAAUGUGAGUUUUCAGUUACGUCUCUCAUUUAUGCGAGUUCGUGGAGGAGUCCGUGAGUAGUCGGGCGGCAGCUGGACAUGGCGCAAAGUGACUCGUUCGUGCUGUGGAGCAACGUCGCCACGCCGGUGACCGAGAAACGGUCGCGAAGCCGCUUCAGCAACCGGAGUGCAUCCUUUUCCCGGCAGCAACAGGAUUUCGGCACCCCGGCGGCUUCGUACACUAGUGCUAUCGCUCACACGAGCCGAAAUGCGAGCGCCCUUGCGGGAGGAUCCAUCGCAGACUUCGCGACGCCCGGUGGCAGGCCUUCGCGUGGCGGCAAUAUCAGCGGGAAUUUCGAAGCCACCGACAUGACCGCGUUCAGCGCGUCGGCACUGGCGACCGAACAUCCGGCGGUGGUCGCUACUGCGGGCAUAUACUCAGAUUUUAUGGAAGCCUACAAGGCCCAUCGCAGUAGCCAAGACGCCCUCACGCUGAUCGAAAAAUACGCCAACUUGUGCGACAGUUACUUAGCCAAAGUGCGAAAAGUGACGGAGCGCAUGGUAUCUCGCAAGGGCGAACCGGUGUGGAUGGAAGCCAUGGCGUGCCAAACGUUGCUCACCGAAGAGCGUAACACUUGGAAGCUCACGGGUGCUCUCCUGCGCGACCGUCUCAAGGCGGACGAGUGCAUGGAAGAAGAGGACACCAUGUUCGUCGACGGGACUCGCGAAGCUAGCGACAGGGAAGUCGUGGACGCCCUCAUGGCGAGGGACUCGUUCGCACGCCAGGCGCAACUGGUGGUCGACUGGCUGGAAAGCUGCGCGGCACAUCAGCGUGGGCUGGGCAAUGACGACGACAGGCUCGAGUACUACGGUGACGGAGGCUGCGCCUGGGAAAACACGUUGCACCAUGUGCAGUCCCGUGCUUCCGUCGGUAGCGCGCCGUCGUCCUACGUGACCGAACUGGACCCGGACGCGCCCUCGCGGCAGCGGCUACCGAUACACGACCUGGACCGUGACGACGAAUGCCGCCUCUUCCGCAGCGUCUUCUUCCACCUGCGAGCGGGCCAACUGCAACGGGCUCAGGAGCUGGCUGCCGACAACGGUCAUCACUGGCUAGCCGCCGCGGUCGAAGGCUGGCGGCCCUACCACGACCCGAACCACGGGAACACCAUGGGCGCCGACUCCACGGAGCCGGCGGAAGGCAACCUCUACCGGGACCUCUGGAAGCGCGCCUGCUGGGAGGCGGCGUCGAAUCCCACGUGUUCUCUCUACGAGCGCGCCGUGUACGGUGCCCUGAGUGGCAACGUCCAGGCAGUGCUGCCCGCAUGUACCACGUGGGAGGAUCAGCUGUGGGCUCGCAUGCGCGCACUGGUUGACGUGUGCGUGGAGCAGGAGCUCCGCACUGCCACGCAGCAAGCCAGAAGCCUCGAGCCACUGCCAUCGGGCUACCCCAGCGACCGUGGAACCUUCGAGGCCGUUUUCCGUGACCUGCAGGCGGCUGUGGGCGCGAGUGACACGCGGGACCAGGAGAUUAUGCACAUCCUGCAGCGAUGUGUGGUGCUGGACGAUGCUGUUUCCAUGGUUGAAGAGAUGCACGACUGGGCGACCGCUCAGGCGAUGGAGCCGCCGCUUCAGACGAUGCGGUUUCUGGCUCACAUGGUACUCUUGCUGCGGCAAGUCGGCUGCGAGACGGGCACCGGGGCAUGCAGUGCUCUUCUCCGCACCUACGUAGACCUGCUCAUCGACGAGGGCCACGUCCCCUUGGUUGCCACGUACGCAGCCACGCUUCCGGCAACUGACCAAGUCACCAAGUACACGCAGCUUUUGCGCAGCCUCAAAACAAGGGACCCCGAAGAACAGGAGCUCUGCCUUCAGCUUGCACGGUCAGCUGGACUAAACGUGACCGCCAUUACCCGUAUGCUGGUCGAGCAAGUUCGUGUUUCUGGCGAAGAACCAAUAGAGCUUCGUGCAACCUCCGCUGUGCCUUCCAUGGAGACCACGGCCGACGACGAAGAGAAGGUAGCAUCGCUGGAGUGGCUCCUCAUUGACAAUUCUACCAGGGGUGAGGCGCUUAAGCAAGCCAAUGCACUCAUGCGUGGCUUUGUGUGCCUGGGGAAGAUCGGCGCCGCGCGCGAGACAUUCCAUAAACUGCCGGUGGACUCCGUGAGGGUGGCCGUGGAGCAGUGGAGCCGCUCUUCAAUGCACGACGGGCAGCUGCCGGCGGAAGACGAGAACGCCGUGCGAGAGUUUCUGUGCUUCGAGGCACUGCUGAAGGUGCACGUUAGUUUUCAGGAGUGGUUCAACCAGUUUCACCGGAGGAAGCCAACGCCUCCUGAAGAGCUUGCCCCGGGAGCCCGCUUUGCCGAAAAACUGGCCCACGAGCACAAGGUGCGGAGCUACACCGUGGAACUGGAACACUGGCAGAGCUUGGUGACGACCCUCGCCAAAGAGGUCAAGAGGGAUGUCUUCGACGUGCUCCUGUUUGUGGACGGAGGCUGGAUGGUUGACCAGAGGGAGACACCGGGCAGCGUCGACAAUGUGCGAAGCCGGCAGAUGGCAGCACUGCGCAGGCUGUGCAUUCCGCAGCUGACGUUUCUCCUCAUGGAGGCCUUGGAAGAGUCCGGGCUGGCUGCGGAGUUCACCGAGGUUGUGGACGUCAUUGCAUCUGAGAAGCAGGCAUUGUACGAAGAGUUCGGCGACGAGGAGCUCAGAACACUUUUACAGAAAAGCAGGGCGGCAUCCAUUAUCCUGCUGGACGAAGGACUCGACGCCUUAGGGUUCCAGCUGCAGUAAUAAUGUGACUUCUCGUGCUCAAAGUUAGGCAGAAGUGAACAUAAGGUGCGAAUAAUGUUGAAGGGAGCGCGAGUGAAAUGAGUGAGAUCUUCCACACUUGUUUUUCUCUGUGUUAUCAUGUGUGACACUGCCACUGCCAUACACCUUGUAAAUGACAUCUAGCCCCUUUUGUAUGCGCGUGACUUACAGCAUAACAAUUCCUUUUUAUUGCAGCAAAACUGCUGAAAGCUGGUUGAGAAAGUCAUUACUUUUGUUGAAAUACUUGAGGGAAGCUGUCAGCUGCUGCAAUACCAUCCUUGUUUAAUUUUUUUUUUCACUGUUGUCUGUUUCUAGUAAUUUUAACAUUUUUUACUUAAAUUCUAGCGCCUCAUCAAUACAUUGCAAAGACAACCCAUCACAGCUUGUACAGGAUGUGUUAAAAGAUAACUUGUUUAUAGGUCAUAAGAAAUUCGGAGCUCUCACUUUGCGCACAGAGAAAAUAAAAACUGAAUCAGCCUUUUUCCAAA